GGAAGGGACACGGGAACACAUGAGCUGCCUGAUGAGCCGGGAGCUCGUUUCUCUCCUCCCUGCAAGAGGCCUCCGCAAGGACCAGCCUGUUCCCUCUGCUCCAGCUCCUUAUUUUUAGCUACUGAGGGUCAGGAAUUGCCACCUCCCGCCCGGCGCCGUGGCCAGGUCAGCUGGAAAAGCAAUGAGCUGCAGAACCCGAUCUGUUGGAAUGGGCUCUGCUUUCCUGUAAGCUCUGGGUGUCAACUCAGCGUUCUGUAACAAACGAGGGGAUAAAGGAGGUGCUCCUGCGUUUCGUUACGUGAUACAACAACUCUGAGCAAAAUUGAUCUUUCUGGGGCUGUUGCAUAAACGUCCUGUGUGGUUUGUCCCUGCCCUGAGCGCUCUGCCCUGGUGUGAACUGGAGCAUCUCCCUCUGCCCAGGGCCCAGGUGAAGCUUUGGGAUGAGCCCGUCUCUGCUGGAGUAGGGAGCAGAGUUCCCAGCUCCUGGAGAUAGCGCUGCUCCAUUGGAAACUCCCAAGCUGGAGCAACGCAGAUCCUGUCUCCCAAAAUAUCCCCUGUGGCAGGAGGAGGAGCACAGACAUCAUCACUGUGCACCCGGCAGCGUUCGCCUCCUGCCUCGGAUGGUGCCCAUGGUGCUGAUCCCCUUCUUCACCGCACCCCAGCUGCUGGAUCCUGCUCAUUCCCACCCCUAAACUGCAUCCCAGCCCCAUUCCAAACACACACUGACCCCGGCACUGUCGCUGUUUGGUCUGUCCCAAAUCAGGUUGCUGCUUGGUUGCCAUGUUGGGUGCUUUGCUUAUUUUUGGUGUGGAGGAAAAGCAAUCGGAAAGGCAGGAAGGGCUUUUAGUUCCCUGGGAAAGUGAAGCUGUGGUUUCCCUCCCCCUGUUGCUCUCUGCUUUUAACCUUGUUAGUCCUGGAAGGCUGAAUAUCUCCUGCCCUGCAGGGAGGGAUCCGCAGGGAAUGCACCCUUCUUCUCCCGAUGUUUCUGCACCGUCGGUGAAGCUGCUUUCAGACACUUGGGCUUGGUGCCACCGCCGCAAAGUGUUCCUAACGCAGGAUGUGUCAGGGAAUCUGGCAGGGGAGGGAACCCUGGCAAAAGAGAGUAAGAAAUCCAGGGAAGGGCAGGAGUGCUGCCAUGGGCCAGGGCUGCGAGAGGAUUUCAUGUGCUCCUCAAUGUCCUGUGUGCUCCCUGUGGGGAUGGGACAAGCUGGUGCCUGCUCCUCAAUGUCCUGUGUGCUCCCCAUGGGCAUGGGACGAGCUGGUGGGGCUGCCCAGGCCAGCGCAGCAGCAGGCGCCGUCUGAACGCUGCAGAGAUUGAGCAAAACAAGAUGCUUUGGAUGCUCCAGAGCCCGGAGUCAUGAAACCCCAGAGCAACAAGCUGAGGAAUCAUCGGAGGUGAUGGCGAGGGUCUCUCCAGGGGUCGUGUGGCCCAGUUUCACAUGCAAGAAGCUUCUAGGAGGGGCAAUCCCUGCCUAUCCCUGCCUGAGCCCUGCUCACCGCAGCAGACACAGAGAGUGCUUGGAGUGGUUACAACACAUUGUCCCAGUGCAGGGCGUGGGGAUCUCCUCUCCUUGGGGCGAGAAGCCCUUGUGCACGGUUGUGCUCCAUCCCACCCAUGUGUGCUAUCAGCUUUUCAUUCUAUAGCUCCAUCUGUUUCCUUAUCAAGGUCCAUUGCUUUUAUUUAGCAUGAAUCCCCCAGGCUCAUUCUGUUGCACAGAAUAAGCCCCAUUUUGUGCUGCUGUUUUCAAAAGAGCCUUUCUGUGGGCUGGGAGAUCCGCAGGGAGUUCUGCUGCUCUGCCCUGUGAGGGUGCUGAGGCGCUGGCACAGGGUGCCCAGAGAAGCUGUGGCUGCCCCAUCCCUGGCAGUGUUCAAGGCCAGGUUGGACACAGGGGCUUGGAGCAACCUGCUCUAGUGGAAGGUGUCCCUGCCCGUGGCAGGGGUUGGAGCUGGAUGAGCUUUAAGGUCCCUUCAACCCAAACCACUCUGUGGUUCUAUUAGAUGGGGUUUAGAUGUUAGUGACCUGCUCUUGGUUGCCUCCCUGUUUCCUGGCCCUCGUGGCUGCUGUUCUCUUCCUUGCUGGAGAGCAGGCAGCGUGCUCAGGGACGCAGUUAUUCCUCUUUGAACACUUUUUAUUUCCUCUCUAUGUGUUGUUCUUAAUCCCUAAUCAAUGAGCAGCGCCGGAACAGACCCCUCUGCACAUCACCAGGAAAGCAGAGGUUUUCCUUCCUUUCCUGCAUUCCAAAUGUGAUGAGAUAACCUUGGAUUUCCUCUUGCUCCCUUCGCACUGCAGCUGCUCAUCCCGGUAUGUGCCAUAGUGGUCAUUCUAAGGGCAGAGAAGUGAUUCCCUCAGCCUUUAGAUGUGAAUUAACCACGUACCAUGUGUGAAGCUGUGUUUUCAGCUUUGGUGCUCAGUCUGCCCAACCUGCCUGCCCUCAGCAGCCCGAGGCUUUUGGAGAGACUGAAAUGGCCCUUUCAUUCUCGGGGAAUCAAGUCACUGAUGAUUUAUUUAUUACCAGUGGUUAAAUUCAAGCUGCCGUGAGGCAGCCUGGUGAGAGCCGGUACCCUGGGAGGUGAUGCGCAGCUCAGCAUCACUGUGAGAAGGGGACCCAGGCAGGGUGCAGGAUGGUGCUCACCCCUCCAUGGGAUCGCAGUGCCUGCUGGCGGCAGCACGGGGCUGCUUGGAGCUUCUCACCCUAAAUCUGAUGCCGUGCGAGGCAUCGAGCGUGGGCUCAGGCGCGUCUGCAGCAGUGGGAGGAGGAGGAACUGAGCUCAGCAGGCGUGAGGCCGAUUCCCGCUUCCCCACAGAGCCCUUCCCGGCUGCGGAUGCUGGUGCAGGCGCCUGGGGUGCAGCGUGGGAGCCCCCAGCAUGAUACCAGCUUGUGUGCUGGAUGCAUGUGUGCUCUUUGUGGUGCUGGCAUUGACCUGGGGUUAAUGGAGCGCAGAGGGACCCCUGCGCAGAGCGGGCUGGCGUGCGGGUAACUGCUGCGACCGGGGAAGAGCAGGAGGCAGCAGCAAUGCUGGGUACCACGGGGCUUGCGGCUGUGAGAGGGCAAGGAGUUAACCUGCAUGGCCACGAAUGUCCUUAAAGCCCUCCUGGGAGCUGCUUGGGGAGUGCCCUGCAGCAGGAUAAGCGAGGCAGAGGCUGGCCCCGCUGUGCUGUGCUGCAGCCCUGCAUGGAGCUGCUGGAGGAUGCUCCGGCGCCAGCUCAGCUCGCUGGAUGCUGAUUCACGCUGCUGCAUUAGCAGAGCCCGCAGCCACCCGGCCGUGCACGCCAUGGGCCCGGGAGCAGUUAUCUGACAGGGCAGAGCUUCAUGCCUGGGCCAUCCCCUGGCAAAUCCAUCCCAGAGGGCAGCAGCAGGAUCCCCAAAUCCUGGUUGCUGGGUCCCGGGAGUGCUGGCACCCCCCUGGUGUGGGGCAUGGUGCCUGCCAGGGCUGAGGUUCUCUGCAUCUCUGGGCUCUUCAUGCCCUGGUUUUGGGAUCAGGGAAUAGUGAAUCCUGGGCAGAGGAGAGGCCUGAGCUGGCUGCUGUGGGCUCUGGGCAUUGGGCAGGAGGCAGCUGGAGAAAACAACCCUGGGGUGGCAAAUGCAAAAGGCUGCGUUGGGAUGAGCUGGCCGUGCUCCCUCCUCGCUCCUGUCCACCCUCUUGUCCUGCUCCUUGUGCUCCCCUGGACCAGGGCCGGGCAGCACUUGGUGUUUCCAGUUGCCCAUCAGUUAUGAGCUGGCUGGUCCCAUCGCUCGCGUUGCUCUGGGCUGGAGCUGCCAGAAUCUGGGAUAAAUACCAGCAUUGUGAAUGGGAUGGGGAUGGGGAGGGCUCACUGGCAUCCCGGCCAGCCCUGGCAGCCUGUGAGCACAGCGGUGCCAUGGGAUGCUCAGCGGGAUGGAUGUGCUGAGCAGAUGCUUUCUGUAGCUCCCUUCCGCUGCAGCAUUCACAUCCCAUCACAUCCCAAGGUGCUGCCUCUUCAAGCAGCUCCUGUUGGCGGCUGCAAGCCUCUGGAUGUGGCCUAUUUAUUUACAGGCAAACGGGCUCUGUGUUUCCCGAGGGAUUAGCUGCUGCUGCUGCCGCACCACGCCGGAUCUGUGCCUCCUCACCCGGUUUCACUGGAGCACGCGUGAUUCCGACUCACUUCAGAGCAGCAGGUCCCAGCCCACUGCAGGCACCCUGCCUGGGCCAGGGCUGGGAGUCACAGCCCAUGUCCCAUCUCUGCUCCAAGAGGUGCCACCCCUGAGGCACCCUGUAUCCCAGAUUCCCCUUCUCUGGCAGGGACAGGGACAUAGGCCAGGAGAAAGCUUGUCCCGUGCCUGGAGACUGGUGGGAAAGGGGCUCAGACCAUGGGCAAGGACCUGAAAUGCUUCUGUUUUGCCUUAUAAAUUAAGAAAGUGCUCAACCUGUGCCCACAGCGUCUCCUGGAGGGUAGGACCGUGGACAUGCACCAUCUCAGCAUUACUGGGCCAUGGGAGCCAGGUAGAGCCCAGAUGUGCAGGGGAUGCAUUCACAGCUGGCUUUGGGGACUAACCUGGUGCUGUGGUGCAGGGGCUCACCUUUGCUUGGUCCCCAUCUCCCGAGGGCCAUUCUUUGCCUUCACCUCGUCUCUCUGUUGCAUUUACCCCGCAGCUCCCCGCGCCCAGGACCCGCGGCGCCGUGGCCAUGUCCCUGCCGGGGAGCCGACGCUCGUCCACCGGAUCACGAAGUCGCGGGGUUUGUGGACGGAGUGGCUUUGCCUCCUUCUUUAAGUCUUCAGCGCCCUCAGCCACUCGGCCUGAGACACAGCCUCUUCUCCCUGCCUCCAGGCGCCCCUCGCCCCCCGGGAGGGACACCUACGGCACCUCCUCGCUGAGCAGCAGCAGCAAUUCUGGCUCCUGCAAGGGCAGCGACAGCAGCCCCACCCCAAGGCGCUCGGCCAAGUACAACCUCUGCAGCGACAACCAUGGGAUAAAGCCGCCGACGCCGGAGCAGUACCUGACCCCGCUGCAGCAGAAGGAGGUGUGCAUCAGGCACCUGAAAGCGCGCCUCAAGGACACGCAGGAGCGGCUGCAGGACAGGGAUGCUGAGAUCGAGGACCUGAAGACGCAGCUCUCGCGGAUGCAGGAGGACUGGAUCGAGGAGGAAUGCCACCGCGUGGAGGCCCAGCUGGCGCUGAAGGAGGCCCGCAAGGAGAUCAAGCAGCUGAAGCAGGUCAUCGACACGGUGAAGAACAACCUGCUGGAGAAGGACAAAGGGCUCCAGAAGUAUUUCGUGGACAUCAACAUCCAGAACAAGAAGCUGGAGACGCUGCUGCACAGCAUGGAGGUGGCGCAGAAUGGGGCGCUGAAGGAGGAGGGGGCCGGUGAGUCGGCCGGGGGGUCCCCAGCACGAUCCCUCACCCGCAGCUCCACAUACACCAAGCUGAGCGACCAGGGGGCCGGGGACCGCAACGUGGGGGGCUCACAGACCAUCUCGCUGGACGAGGGGGCCGACAGCGGCUUCAUGGGCAUGGAGGAUGCUCCCGGACACACGGACCCGCUGGAGAUGGGGGCUGAGCCCGGUUCCCGCCUGCCCCCCAGCUCCACCUACGAGAAGCUGCUGCGGGGCAGCGCGGAGGCCGGGGUGCAGGCGAGCUGCAUGCAGGAACGGGCCAUCCAGACAGACUUCGUGCCCUGCCAGCCCGACCUGGACACCAUCCUGGAGAAGGUGAUGAAGUCCCAAGCCUGCAGCUUGGGCAGCCCUACCUCGGCCUGGGUGUCCGAGAUGGAAGACACGAUGCCCGUCCCCGAGCUCUCCAACCCCACCACGGACCUGCUGGUGGCCGAGCCCGACGCCGCGGCGGUGGGUGCCGGCGGCGAAGGGGGGGGUGUCCCCUGCAACAACCCAGCAGUGCGGCAGCCCCCCAGCGCCUCGGUGGCCAUCGCCUGCGCGGCAGAGGAGGAGCCGCUGGAGGUGCCCGGCUGCGAGGCCGCCCCGUCCAAGAGCUACUGGAGCCGCCACUUCAUCGUGGAUCUGCUGGCGGUGGUGGUGCCGGCCGUGCCCACGGUGGCCUGGCUGUGCCGCUCGCAGCGCCGGCAGGGCCAGCCCAUCUACAACAUCAGCUCGCUGCUGCGCGGCUGCUGCACCGUCGCCCUCCACUCCAUCCGCAGGAUGGGCUGUCGCCCCGUCGCCAGCCCCGGGGGCAGCGCCCAGCCCUGACCCCCCCCUUCCCCAGAGCCCCCCGACUGCCCCCAGGGACCCGACUGCUGAUUGUAAAGCCCCAGCGUGUCCCUGCUGUCCCGUGGGAUGCAGCCCUGGGGGUAGGAAGGGGAUGGGGGGGGUCUGUGGGUGCAUUGGGGUGCGCUGUCCCCCCCUCUCCAUCCUUUGUUCUGGAUGGGGGAAGGAUGGUGCUGGAAGAGAGGUGCCAAGUGGCGAUGUGGGGUGUGGUACUAGCAUCCCCCUGCCCUAUGGACCCUGUGCUGCUGGCUGGGGGGAGGCUGCACCCAUGGGUGGGCUCUCCCAUCAUUGCACGUGCUUUUUGGUUGUCCUUGCCCUGCCCCAGGGUGGGCGAUGACAGUGGGGGGGGGAUCUGGGGGGGGUGAUGGGACUCCCCACAUGCGUUUCCUGCUCCAGAUGCAGGUUGCACCGUGACAGCAAAGUCUGGCUGUGGGCGGGAGGAUGGGGGGGACCUGCCCAGGCACAGGGACCAGCGCUGGAGGUGGUGGAGCCCAUGGGGCACCUUCGCCCUGGCCUGUGGCCCCGCUUUGGUCUCCAUCCUCCUCCCCCAGGUGGGACGAGGACCUGGCUCGGCUCCUCUUCGGGCUGCCCGUUGCAUCCCUGAACCAGGGGGAGCCCGGCUCCCUCCAUCCCUUUGCUUUGCACUAGAUUCACUUUGUUUUGGGUACAGACUGAAGCCCAGUGGUUGGGCUCUGGCCUCCAUGGAGCUGGACCAGGGGCUCCUGUGGUUUUGGCACCGGUGAUGCCGGUGAUCCCUGUGCUGGAGCUGGGGCUGCAGUGAGGGAUGCGGGCAGGGGCCGAGCGCCUGCGCCUGCUCCAGCCCCAUCCCUGCUUUGCUGGUGGCCUCUGGAACAACAAAAUGCCUUUUCUUUCCCUUUUGAGCAGCAGCGAUGGUGACGAUUGCUCAGCGGGGGCCGGCGGGACGCGAGAUUGGGGCUCCCACCCAUGAAUGUCAGUGGGUUCUUCGUGACUUGAACUAACAGUGUUUCCCCCCCCAACCCCACUCCACCUCCCAUGGGUGCCCUGGGAGCCGGCGAUGCCCCGACACCGGCAUUCCCAUGGGACACACGCCGUGUCCUGCGUUCCCUGUGCUCCCCAUGUCCCCCAUGGCAGGGGGCAGAGCUCCCGGUGCCGGGUGAUGGAUGUGGGAGCCAGGGCGGGCGCUGGGCCAUCCGCCUCUUGUGCAAUGUGUUUGUGGAUGUGUGUUCGCGUCUGUCCGACUAUCCAAAGCUUUGCCAAGAAAUAAAUGUAACGAUUAUAUUUGAAA